AUGGCUUCUGUUUCCGAAGGAGAUAACAAGGGAGCUGUCAGGUUGGCAGCAGGCGACGAUACUUUCUUGCCACCGACUCUUGAGAACAAAACACUGCUCGACGCGAAACACCCUCCUGCACCCGCAGACAAAGCUACACCCCAAUCUAACGACUGUGUUCAACUUCAAGUUAGUCAGUCUGAAGUCAGGAGAGCGGUCAUGUCUUUUAACGCAGGUAGUGCUGGUGGACAGACGGGCCUCAGACCACAACACGUGAAAGACGCACUUUCACCAUCUGCUAACGAAGCUGGCAACAACCUGCUCUCGCAUCUUACAGACUACACAAAUUUAUUGUUGACAGGCAAGAUCCCUGCGUUCAUCAAGCCAGUCGUCUCCAGUGCUACACUCAUCUCUUUGGCCAAGAAAUGUGGAGGAAUACGCCCGAUCGCGAUUGGAGACAUUUUGCGAAGACUCACUUCCAAAUGCAUUUCACGGCGCAUGCUGGAAAAAUUCAAAGAUUAUUUUUGGCCUUUCCAGCUAGGAGCUGGUGUUAAACACGGGAGUGAGGCGGCGGCCCAUGUAGCGCGCGAUUUCAUUGAAUGCGCAGAACGUGAUCAAGCCUUUGUCAAAAUUGACUUUGCCAACGCCUUCAACAGUGUAAGACGUGAUGUCAUUUUGAAAGCCAUCAAUGAAGACGCCCCAGAGAUCCUUAGCUUUGUGCAACUCUGCUACGAACACAGCAGUUUCUUGAAAUAUGGUGCCUUCACCAUCAAAUCAACAGAAGGGUUUCAGCAAGGCGAUCCCUUGGCUACCAUUGGCUUUUGUCUUGUCCUACAUCCUGCUUUGCAGAACCUCUUGAGCAAGCUGAAAACUGGAUACCUGGAUGACGUUGAUUUUGCUGAUGAAUGGCGCACCACUCUCCAUGAUCUUCUGAGUAUCAAACAAGCAUGUGAGAAACUUGGUCUUCUUUUGAAUGAGAAGAAGUGCGAGGUGACAGCUUUUGGGAGCAGUAAAAAGGAGAUAGAAAGAGCUUUUCGUGAGACAUUUCCCACUAUUCAAUGCGUUGGUGCCGAAGACAGCACACUUCAUGGAGCUGGUCUAUGCACUAUGUCGAUUCGAGCAGAGUUAGUGGACAAACUUGCGAAACUCAAGACACUCCUGCAGCGAACAGCUUCUUUACCAUGUCAAACCGCUUUCUUUCUUAUUAAAAAUUGUUUCUUUGUCCCUAAACUUAUGUAUGUCCUCCGCGCUAGUCCUGACCUUAAACACACAGAUUUACUCGACGAAAUCGACACACUUGUAUGCCUUGAACUUGAGAGAAUCUUCAACUGCAUCAUUUCCGAUGUCUCUUUCAGUCAAAUUUGCUUGCCCACGAAACAAGGAGGGUUUGGUCUUCAAAAAACCAGCACUCUCAGCUCAUCAGCAUUUAUUGCUUCUUUUGUUUCCACUGAAAAUUUACGGCACCGCCUUGCUCCUGAGAUAAGCAAUCCUGGUCUUUUUAACGAAGCCGUCGACCACUGGGAGUCUCUCAGCAACCACCGAUUCGAAGACUUAGCCCCCCAGUGCGCUCAAAAAUUUUGGACAAAACCUAUCUACGAACAACAAUCCGCAAAUAUUUUGAGCAAUUGUACCGACGAAAACUCACUUGCUCGUUAUCACGGCUGUCGCGCGGUAGGUUCAGGCGCUUGGCUGGACGUCCUUCCUUCUCGUCCGCUGGGUCUGACUUUGUCCGAUGAUGAGUUCCGUAUUUCAGCUGGUCUGCGUCUAGGAGCCCCAGUAACCGCACAACACACGUGCAAAUGUGGCUAUGUUGCAGCAACAGAUGGAAGACACGCACUUGUCUGCCCGAUGAUCAAGCACAGGUUCGUCAGACACUCGAAUGGCAACAUGAUCAUUAAAGAUUCUAUAAAAUCACUCGGCAUCAGUUCCACACUAGAACCUAUCGGGCCGCUACGCGAAGAUGGACGCAGACCAGACGGACACAAAUUAAUGCCAUGGCAGCGAGGACGGACCUUGGCAUGGGAUUUCACAUGUAUAAGUCGUUUGGCAAACUCUAAUCUGCGAAUGGGAGUUCUUCCGGGUGCUAAUGCAGCUUCCGAGGCCGAAGUCCGCAAAAGAAACCAUUAUUCAGACCUCCCUUCCACUGUAAGUUUCGAACCCGUUGCCAUGGAAACACUGGGUGGCGCUGGUAGGUCUACUGCAGUUUUGUUGAAAGAACUUGCAAGGCGAAUAACAGUCUUAACGGGUGAGAAACUAGCUUUUAAAUUUCUCAAACAGAAGCUAGACCUUGCGAUUCAGUGCGGGAACGCUGGAUGCAUCCUUGAGGCAACUAAUUGA